AUGAUAUCAUUUCUACAUCGAAUUUAUUCAUCAAUCGAUUCAUCUCAUCGGACAUUGAUCGUCGGCGAUGUUCAUGGUUGUAUCGAUGAAUUAAACGAAUUAAUUAGUAAAGCAUUACCAAAUUAUGAUCAGUCAACUGAUAUGAUUU